UGUUGCUCAUCAUGUGACUCUUGGCGUACACAGGAAGCAGCUGAUCCUGACUUCAUUGCUGCUUCCACCAACUAAUGUUUAUCAACUGUACUCGCUUAGACAAAGGAAAACUGUUGUUUAAAACUGCACCGGUUUAAGUAACUGGUCGACUCUUUCGGCCCAAAGAGAGGAAGGGGAGGACAGCUGCAGACACAGCCUGAAGUCAUCUGACCCGCAGCUCACUGAGAUACCCGACACUCGUGUUUGCUGAGGGGGAUGUCAAGCACAGCAAUGAAGAAAAAGGUGCUACUGAUGGGGAAAAGUGGGUCUGGAAAGACCAGUAUGAGAUCAAUCAUCUUUGCCAAUUACAUAGCUCGAGACACACGCCGCCUUGGAGCUACAAUUGACGUGGAACACUCCCAUGUACGGUUUCUUGGCAAUUUGGUUCUAAACCUGUGGGACUGUGGAGGACAGGACACAUUCAUGGAGAACUACUUCACCAGCCAGAGGGACAACAUUUUCAGAAAUGUAGAAGUUCUUAUUUACGUAUUUGACGUUGAGAGCCGUGAGCUGGAGAAAGACAUGCACUACUACCAGUCAUGUCUGGAAGCCAUCCUGCAGAACUCCCCUGAUGCCAAAGUGUUCUGUCUUGUGCACAAAAUGGACCUUGUGCAGGAAGACCAGAGAGAUUUGAUCUUUAAAGAACGUGAAGAAGAUCUGAGAAGACUGUCCAGGCCCUUAGCUUGCACAUGCUUCAGGACAUCAAUCUGGGAUGAAACCUUAUAUAAGGCCUGGUCCAGCAUAGUGUACCAGCUUAUCCCAAACGUCCAGCAGCUGGAAACAAACCUGAGAAAUUUCGCACAGAUCAUAGAGGCAGAUGAAGUUCUUCUGUUUGAGAGAGCUACCUUCCUGGUCAUCUCCCACUAUCAGUGCAAAGAGCAGCGUGACGCUCACAGGUUUGAGAAGAUCAGUAACAUUAUCAAACAGUUCAAGCUCAGCUGUAGUAAACUUGCAGCUUCCUUCCAAAGCAUGGAAGUAAGGAACUCCAAUUUUGCGGCCUUCAUUGACGUCUUCACCUCCAACACUUAUGUCAUGGUCAUCAUGUCGGACCCUUCUAUUCCAUCUGCAGCCACUCUCAUCAAUAUCCGUAAUGCUAGGAAACACUUUGAGAAGUUGGAGCGAGUGGAUGGACCCAAGCAUAGCCUGCACAUGCGGAUGCGCUAGCCUGUGCAUUUGUCCCAGUGGAUACUCUCAGCCAAUCAGUUCACAGACAGCAUGUUGCGGUCUCCUGGUGUCACAUGAGCAGCCCUGCACCGUUUCGUCUAUAUCUUCAUAUUCAAUCACAGUUAUUACGCGAGAAAUCAUCUUGUUUUUGUUUUGCUCUAAUUUUUACAGGAGGAGUGAUAACAGCUCGUUGGGGGGGGAAUAAGUCCUGCCUUGACACAUUAAAGUAAAUGUAUUGUGUUUACUACAGAGGUGAGGUGGGGGAGGGCUACGUUUGCUGUCACACUUUGUCAUAUUUCAGUAGAUUCAUUCACUCCAUGCAGUGAAUCCCAAUGAUUGGGGAUGUCUCUCCGUAUGAGAAGCAGCAGAUAUUGUAUGAUUUGAUUUUCAAAUGUCGUUUGUAAGCUGUUACAAACAAUAUAGUUAUAUUCAGAAAAAUA